UCGCUCCAUUUCUCACCAUUUCCAAAAAGAGUAUUCACACUCAACUCAGAAAACCACCAACACAAAGCCCAUAUAUCUCACUUCAGCCUCAACAAAUCUCGUAUGGGGUUUUUUGGUCAACUCAACUCCACACUUUGUAGGCUAGCCGCGGGACGGAACGACGUCGCUUCUCGCUGCCUUGUUGCUCGACGUUAUGCCACAUUCUGCUGGGCUACCGGUUUGGGUUUUAUAUUGCAUUGCGUGGAGUCCAAGAAAGUGGCAAAGGUUAAUGAGGGUGGAGUUAAGUUCUUCAAUGCUGCAGAUUGUAUUCAUAAGAAGAAAAGAUCAAAUCGAAAAUGGGCAGGGAAGGUUUCUGAAUCUUUAAUUCAAUUAGGACGAAGCUUAACUGAAAUGGAGCCUGUAGCAUCAGAUGUGAGUAGCUGUAUUACGAGAGGGUUGGAGAAAGAAGAGGAAGAAGUGGAAAAUAGAAGAAAAAAGAAGAGAAAGAUUGUUAAAAGGCCAGAACAAGAUGUGGAGUUAGAAGCGGAACCAAUGAUGCCUGAAAAGUUCAAAAGGAUUAUCAAUGAGAUGAAUGGUAUGAAAACUACGUUUGUCAUGCAAAAAAGAUUGACAGAAACAGAUGUAGCCAAGGUAAACAAUCGUUUAUCGAUACCGAGGAAGCAAAUGAGGAAUUGUAACUUCAUUGACGAAGAGGAGAUGAAGACUCUUGAUGAGAAGAAAGGAAUAAAGGUUAAUGUAGUUACACCAUCUACGGAAACCGUGGAGUUGGAAUUGAAGAAGUGGGAGAUGGGUUCAACCUACACUUAUAAUUUGAUUGGGGCUUGGAUUAAGAAGGUGGUAGAUAAAGAAGGCAAUAAACUGCAACCUGGAAGAUUGGUGCGACUUUGGUCUUUUCGACAAGAUUCAAAAUUGUGUUUCGUAUUGGAUAAUGAAGGAUGUUGAACUAGUUUGAUUAUUUUGUUGUCUUAAUACUACAUAGUGAUUGAUUGUUGUCUUUUAAUAUCUUAUUAAUGUAAUUUUUCCAGAAUAUAUUUGAGAUAUGUUGAUGA